AUGGCGGCGGGGCGGCUGCCGGGGCUGCUGUUGCUCCUCGCCCUGCUGCUGGUCGGCAUGGCGGGACCCGGUGCCCGGGCGGCGCGGAGCCGCGGCGCCGAAAAGCAAAACAGCCUCCGCCGCGCCGCCAGUGGCCUCUACCAGGGCGUCAGCAGCAUCUUCGGCGAGGACAACGUGCGGGCCCUGCAGAAGUUUUUUUCAAGGCUGACAGAGAGGUUUGUGAAUGGGGUGGAUGUAUUAAUGGACACGUUCUGGAGAAUAUGGACUGAUUUGUUAGAUGUUCUUGGAAUUGAUGCCUCCAACUUGACUCAUUAUUUCAGCCCAGCUGCAAUUGCCAACAACCCAACGCGUGCUCUUCUGCUGAUUGGUGCCAUUUUACUUGCCUAUUGGUUUUUAUCUCUCUUCCUUGGAUUCUUCUUUUAUCUCCUACACAUGCUGUUUGGUCGCUUUUUCUGGAUCGCAAGAGUUGCCCUUUUCACUCUCUCAUGUGUAUACAUCCUCCAGAAGUAUGAAGGUGACCCAGAGCACGCAGUCCUGCCUCUCUGCUUUGUUGUAGCAGUCUACUUUAUGACAGGGCCGGUUGGAUUUUACUGGAGAAGAAACAGCAACAGCAGCCUUGAGGAGAAGAUGGACCACCUCGACAGUCAGAUCAGACUUCUGAACAUACGUCUUUCCAGGGUGAUUGAAAACCUGGACAGAGGCAGUGACCAAUGAACCAGCUCCUGCAGACCAGUGUACACCAGCUCUAGAGAAUAAAUCCCUAAGCACUGUCUCAUGCAAAGUUACAAAGCAACAAACCAUCACAUGGUAAAAAGUGUGCAGAGUUAUAACUUUUCAUCAUGUGUGAGACUAAUUUAUCUAGAUUACACACUCAGCCAUUAUACUUGUAGGAAAGAAAGAAAGAAACUUAAAAAAAAACCCAACAAACAUUUAAAGAAUUCAGCUGUAUAUUCAGAGAGUUUUAUCCAGUACUAGAGUUUUCUCAGUAGAUAAACGCUUACUUUUACAAGCAUUUAAAAACAUCUUUUGUAAAGUUUUUAUAAAAGCAAAUUGAGUAGUCUUUCAACUAUUGAAACUGAGCUAAACAUAUGCAUAUUUGACACUUAAAAAGUUAAAAAGAAAAAAAAAAAUAUAUGUCUCAAGCUACCAAACGCUUCCAUGGAGAAGUAACUGCUGUGGGUCCACGUUUUUUGGUUUCUGAAGUGGUGAAUGUUUUUGUUCUAUUGUUGGCUUGUUUCAUUGCCUUGAAGUUGCCUUUGGUAGAGUAUCAGAUGAGGAAUUUUCUGGUAUCCAGGCCAAAAAAUUCACACCAUAGCUUUUAACAGGAGGUGGGGAAUAAGGGAGAUGGAAGAUUUCAUGCAUUCAAAGUCCUUAGAAGCCAGACCAGUAUGAGGAAUUGAGAAGUGCACAUGUGGCAUCAUUUUAUUGCAUUUAAUCUUGAGCGCUCUAAUUUGGUGUCUGAAAGGAAAACUGAUUUAAUGAGUUGACACAGAAGGAAGAGGUGUAGCAUGGCAAAUUGAAACUCAUAUUUGUUCCUGACAGUGAAGCAUUUUCCAAGUGUGACUGCAUAGACUAAAACAUGAUUUCUGAUCUCAGGACCCAUGUACCUUCUCAAAAAAGGCAGCAGUGAAAACAGUUGCAGAUGUAUUGUUGCGUAAAGCUUUCUCAGGACCAAUAAGCGGCAAUAAAUUCUCUUCAGGAAGAUCUGGAUUUUUUUCUAAAGUUGUAAUAGUUUUAUAGGAGCUUUUUGCUUGAAGUCUGUGUUCUCACCACAUUGGGUUUGGGAGAGUCGCCUUGUGAGGAAGGUGGAUUAAACGGUUGCAUUUCAAAGUGGUGUAGGAACUUUGAAGCAUUUUUAAUUUAAAGGAUUCUGUGUAUUUGUAACCUGGAGGAUUAACCAGAUGGGUAGUUUACCACUGGCUUUGUACAGUGUGCUUGAAAUGCAUUGAAACAGAGGUUAGCUCAGGGAAGCAAGUCCAGCAAGGGACUUAGCUUGGCAAUUUAGAGUGUUAAGACUAUAAGCAGGGGGCAGGAGGGGAAACAUCUGAACCAUAGUGAUGAGCGCAGCAUCGAUACUGUGAGAGGUGAAAUGGACCACAUCUGAAGAACUACAUAGUCUAUAAUGUCAAAAUAAGUACAGUGAAAAAUGGACCAAAACUGGAUGUGUGGUAGAGGCUGGCUGAGAAGGCAGGGGAUUAAGUGUAGGUGUGUGUGUUCUGUGCUUUGCCUGCCAGCACUGGCUCCAGCAGGACUGGCCUGGGGUGGCUGAGCACAGCCUGGCUUCUUACUUUGUUGGGUAGGGCUUCUGUUGGAUGUGGUGCUGAAGUGAAUGUAACUGUGGGGUGAAUUUUUUUUUUCCUCUUAAUGCUGAACUUUAAUACUCUUCUUAAUAUGUCUGUACUUGCCUGGCCUCUUUUGGGCUGCCUGUGACAUUUACAUGAGGGAUUAUUUUUAAAUCCAUGUUAAUGGCCUUUAUCCUAACUGUGAUCACUUCAGUUCAACACGGUUGAAGUUCAUAUGCACUUGGCACUGUUGCAAUCCACUUUAAUUUUCUAUCUUACCUGUAAAUUUACCUGCACCCUGUUUUUCAAGAAAUGUACAUUUAGUGUUGCAAAGUAAUUGCUUUUCAUAACUUGCAAUCUUCCCCUUGAACAAGAAAGUGCUAUGGCAACAAAGAGUCUGCUUCAUAAAGCUUAAAAUGUAAAUGACACUAUACUGCUUUUUACAGCUCAUUUUCCAUAGUAUUACAGAGUCUUCCCUGUAAACUUUUACUUACGGUUGUGCACAGAGGACUGGGCUAAGCCAUCGACCUGGAGAUGAGGAAUUGGUUAGAAAAGCUUGUCAGGUCUUCAUGUUUUUGCUGAAUUUGAGGCCUGAGGACCAAAGUCUGCAAACCUUGCUUCCGUGGGACGAUGAGCACGGGUCGGGUUUGCAUAGAUUGUAUUUUGUGUAAUCCAUAUUUGAUGUGGAAGUUAAAAAUACUGAGUUGUUUCUUUUACAAUACUAUAUAAAAGUUAAUUUGGUUUGUAGUUUCUGUCUGUCUUGCUGUAAUCAUUUACCUUAGUUUUGUAAAAUCAGCCCUCCUAUAUUAAUACUCUUUAGUUUUGACCACCUUGCUGCUUGAGAAAAUGUAUUUUUGUAUUUACUAGCAUCCCAUGUAUAGCAGAAUGUUAUGUGAAAAGCAUAUAUAUAAAAUUGGAUAUUUUUAAUCAGUAUUUUUCCCAGUGCUCAGUUUUCAUGUUAGUCAAAUUCAGAAGUGGUGAUUUUUUUUUUAAAGCACAAUCUAAUAUAUAUACACACACACACACACACUUUUCAAAUGCUCUGUAUUUUUAAACGUGCACUGUAGUGAAAGCGCUUUUGGGACAUGACUGUGGUAUUGUAUUUAAUCUCUUUCAGCUCCUGUAAAUACCUUUUACAAGUGUUUUCCACACCAAGCCGUCUUGCUGAUCCACUGAGGUUUCUGCUCUCUUUUUUUAGCCCAUGUCCCAGUGACAGUGGUUGCACCACUCUGGUGUUGCACUGUAGAAGCAUCUCAUAAAAGUAUGCAGAGGUGUGCAGGUGUCACCAAGUUGUGAAUUGAUCAAUCAAGAUGAGAAUUUGACAGCUCCCACACCUCUCUCUCUUUGCAGUCACUGCUGGAAGAUGGGUGGCACCUUUAACAUCCAGCCUCUCUUGGUGUCCAGCCUGGCAUCAGCUGCUGAGGAGGUGGCAGUGUGACAUGGAGGGCUGUCAGUAGAGGCAGCUGGCCACGCAUCCUCACCUGUAAGGGCUGCUCCUCCAGAACAGUUCUGAUUUACUGGCCUUGACAGGAAAGGUCACUGUGUGAGCAGCUGAUCUAAUGCUUUAAGAUGAGCCUCAGACUGUCCAGCAUCAGAAAUUCCAGUGGGCUCUGAAGGGUUCCUACUUCCAAGACCUAGCAUUUGAAACUACUGUUGUAUUUACCCAUCCAUCCAUACCUUUGUAAAAACUAACCUGGGCGGCAGUUUCUUUGGGAGCCCACACCUCACCUCUAGGUAACUGAUCUGUUGUAUUUGGAAUGCAAACGCUUUUAACAGUGGUUUUGAAUAUCAGAGUACAACGUAUACAACCUGGUGUAGUUCAGUGCUGUACUUACUAGUGCGUCCUGCAAAUUGUGAUCUGCUUUUACAGACUUGUUUGCUCAUUAGUGUGGAAAAUAGACCAGUAUCAAUCUUAGCUCUUCAGUGGUGUAGAAGUUUCUAGGUGUGAUUUGCCUCACGUACUGAUCUGUAUUUGGCAGCUAAUGACGUAAAUGACUAUAAGUUCUCUUUGUCCAGGUUGGAAAAUAAGAGGUUCUGUUGUACCCGCAUGUAUUUGAAACUCUUGGAUAAUUCCAUCGACCUGUGAUGACAGCACAUUUGAAAACUGAUCUUUUCUUUGCUAUAGCAGCACUUGUUAUCAGCACUGCUGUUAGUAACUUCACAUCCUGUUUUGUACAUCAGAUUCCAGGAUUAUAGUGUUUGAGUUUGUACAAUUGUGUUUAUCUAGCAAAUGAUUUGAUCCGAAGAGAUGAUGUAUGUAACUUUUGCCAUAUGAUCCAUAGGGGAAUCAUAGAUUCUGCUGGUGACAUUGUUAAAUAGUUAAAAAUAUACCAAGAGUUAUUUUUUACACAGUUAUACAUAUCUUUAUUUAUGACUUAUCUGACCACCCGAUCAGUGUACUAUGUAGUUAAAUAUUUGUAGACCAGUUUCACAAAUCGACUAUGGUAUUGUGACAAAGCUUACAAUAAACGUUUACUGAAACUUU